AUGCCAAAAUCAUUACAAGUCGAACCAAAGAAUGUAACUGUUAUCCCAAUUCAUAAUAUCACUUUACAAGAAAACAUCUCUAUUUAUGACAAGUCAGUAACUGGCGUCAACGUCCCAAUCACAGGUGGAACAGGUCGCUAUGAAGUUCUCCCUGGAUCAGAUGCAACAAUCAAUGGAAGCGAACUUAUUUUGAUGCCAUCAAAGGCUAACCUUGAAAGAAAGGUUACGGUUAAGGACCAUUUCAUUGACGAAUAUAAGGCAACAAUAGUUGUAAGAACAGAAUCACCUUCUAGACUGGUUAUUGAAGGCCCAGAUGUCUGUGUUGUUGGUACAGUUGUUAGAUUCAAACCAAAAGUUCUCAGUGCUUUCAACAACGAAAUCCCAACAACUUUUGAAGAUUACACAACAUCCACUCCAGGAUUAACCCAUGACUAUGACAAUGAAUGGAUAAUUACUGCUACUUCCGAAGGCAGAAUCGACAUUGUUAUGUCAGCAUUAGGACUAACUGGCUCCAAACAAUUAGUCAUCCUCAACAAGAUCAUGAUUGAACUAGAGAAUGUUACAAUGUUCCCAGGCGAAACAUUAAUCCCACGUAUCAUCGGUGCUGGUAGCAAUGACAAAGUCAUCUUCAGUACAACAGAUAAAGACGUCGCCAACAUGGACGAUAACAUUCUCAGAGCAGUCCGUGCAGGAAGGUGUGUUAUAACAGCCCGCAUCGAAGGCAAACCAAUUCUUGGUGAAGCCAAUUUAACAAUUCACGUUCUUCUUAUCAAAGAUUUCAGAAUUAUCCAGUUCCCAGAACACCCAUACAUUAACUCCAUCAUCCAUUUGACUCCAAUUUUCGAAACAGACAUUGGACUAGUUCCUCCAAGAACAAGUAAUUGGAUUAUUGAAGGAAACAACCAGUGGGAGAAGCUCUACGACAACACCGUUAUCAUCAGAGCUGAUCAUAAAGGACCAAUAACGGUUAAUGUUACAAGUCACCUUGAAUCAAUUGAAAAGGACAUCGAAGUUGAUGACAAACUUGAACUUGAGACACCAAGAGAAAUAUCAAUCCCAGUUAACCAUCCAUACACAAUCAAGGUCAAGAACAAUCUCACAGUCAGCCACUCAGUCCUUUGCAACGAAAAAGGAUUGAUAGUUUAUGAAAAUGGAACAAUCAUUGGCUCAAGACCAGGAAGAUACGUCAUUAAGACAGAAUUCAAGCAGCAGUGGCAAGUUACACAAGUCAUUAUUUCUAAACCAGAAGAACUCUAUUUGCAGACUGAUGCAACAUCAAUCCUUCCAAUUCCAUUAGACAUCAAUGGACAGCAGUACACUGAGUUCUCAUAUGACAACCUUAAGUAUAAUGAAUCUUACGAGGCCAAUCUUAACAACGGAAGAUACACAUUCGAUAAAGUCGAAGAGCCAACAUAUGUCCAGUUCACAUUUGCUGACGGAAAGAACUAUGCUAUUAAGAACACAACAUUGAUUUCCCACUCCAUGGUUUAUCCAGAAGCUCCAUUUGUUAUGAAGGGUGCAUCUAUUCAGUUCACAUGUGCAGCUAAACGCCCACACAUUUAG